AGAGGGAUGAUUUAAAACAGCACAUUUAAUUCUCAGAGAAAACUGGGACAGUCUUAUUGUGAGUUCUAUUCCAUUCAGAUCUGCCCUCACUGGAAAUGGAUUAUGAUUAAGCAUGAUGUGUUGGUCGGUCUUGUUCUCAGUUGUACACUAAAGACCAGCCUGUCACCAGGAGGAAGUGUUUGUAUUGAGCAGAGUUUAAUUCAAGAAGAAAUUUUUUUUUUGAGAUGAGGUCUUAUUCUGUGCCCAGGCUGGAGUGCAGUGGCACAAUCAUAGCUCACUGCAGCCUUGAACUUCUGGGCUCAAGCAGUCCUCCUGCCUCAGUCUCACGAGUAGCUGGGACUAUAGGAAAGCACCACCACACCCAGCAAUUUUUUUUUCUUCCUUUUAGAGACAGGGUCUAUGUUGCUCAAACUCCUGGCCUCAAGAGAAAUAAUUCUUUUUUUCUUUUUUAUUAAAUUUAUUAUCUUUUUAAUUUUCUGUAGAGACGGAUCUCACUGUGUUGGCCAGGGUGGUCUCGAACUCCUAGCUUUAAGCAGCCCUCCUGCCUCAGCCCCACAAAGUGUUGGGAUUAUGGGUGUGAGUCACCACACCAGCUGAAAUACUCUUUUUAAAAUAUCAAAAUGAACUGGAUGUCUAAAGCAGACAGUAAGAGGGACUAUGAUAAAGAUGGUGAGGCAAAAAAUGCAGACAUCACAUAGAUGAUCUUCCUUAGACUGAAUUUAUUGUAGUCUGAUAUAUUCAGUCAUGUGGUUUAAUGAUGACAUCCUAUAGAAAAUAGAGGAUACCUUUUUUGUCAGACAACAGAAGAAAAAGGCAGUUAUUUAAAAUUUCUCAGAUUCUUUUAUUUCUAAAUGGAUUAGUGUGAAUUUCAAGCCACACAGUGAUUCUUAGCUUAAGUUACUCCGUUGCUGUCAAACACCCAAAAUCGGGCGGUAACAAGGGGCCGCAAAGGCUAGAACACUUAACUGCCUGGAGACAUCCAUUUGAAGGAUGUGAGAGUUAAAAGGGAACAGAAUCAGGCCUAUUUUUAAUAGCCUGUCUGUUUCAUCCAUUAUUUUGGUGUGGAGGAGGGUAUAAAUCUCAGCUGUACUCCGUUUCCACUAGGUAGGACACGGAAGAUGACCAGUUCUCUGGGGGAGUAAUUACUACUCACUGGCUUCCUGAGCAGCUUGAUAAUGUUCUGCUCCUGUUUUCAGCCUCACUGUGGCCAAGGCAAUAAUUUGAUAAUAAGAGAUCCUGAUUAAAUUAAGGAGCCAUUUGCUUCUGAACGAUGAUGUUGAUAAAAGGGUUGAUGUCCACACUGCCUGCCCUUUUCAAAGGUCAGAAAACAGUCUUGAACUAAAAACUACUGCAACAAGCAAAAUAAUCAGAAGCAGCAUAGUUUAUGCUUUCGUUUCCUUUGUUGUUGCAUCUGGGAAAGUGUCUGUUCUUUGCAGAAAUCCUCCCUGGCUCCUUUUGCCUCACAUUGUGAGGAGGUGAAAUUGGAAGUGUCCCAUUGGGAAGGUAUCUGCAUAAUGAGUCUGUAAGCUGCAAAACUCUGUAAAUCGGAAUCAAGCACUCAGGAGAUCUCGGUCACUUAAGCUUGGUUCUCACACUCGUGCAUGCUUGCACUUGCAUGUUUUUUAAGACAACAGUUUUUGCUUUAGUAGUUGGGCGGUCGCAAGUCAACACUGUCCAGUGGUUCUUCUGGUGCCCAGACUCGGAGGAGAUGGGACUGCUCUCAAUGUGUUUGUUAGAAACGAAACUAUUGGCACUAUAACCCCAUAACCCCUUACAAUGUUCAGAAAAAAACAAGAAGGGGCUUGAAAUACCCACUAGUGUACCGCCUGCUCAGCCCAUCUGGGUCUGUGAAACCACAUCUGAGCCCUGUGGGCUGUGGUGGAGACACAGGCGGAGGGCGGGCAGGGUUGCCAGCGCCCCGCCUGGGCUGAGAACGCCUGUGCGCAGCUCCCUGAGAGAUCGGGGACCACGCGGAGGUUGUAAUUGGUCUCUAGACCACACCUAGUUGUUGAGUGCUGCUGCCUGAAAAAUCUCAGUUCUGCCGAGAUCGCAGAAUACACACAAGCUACCUUUGGGCACCAGAGCAGACGGAACCGCGGAGCUUCAGGGUGGAAGAGUCGUGGAAACUUUGCCAACCCGGAUCAGAGCCGAAGAACGAGGGCAGUUUGGGCUGAGAAGGAUUCUCCAGUGCAACCGAGAAGCCAGCGUCCAGGAGGCUGUUGGGGAGGUCGGCACUGUGGGCUUCCUGGCCUUCGUUUGCUGUUUCGAGGGCCAGGACCUCGGGUGUUCCCAUCCGCCCCUCUGGGACGGCGCCAGCCCGGCAGGUCGCCGACCGUCCCGGGGCUCCCGCGCAGCGCGAUGCCGGCCUCGUCCACCGUCCACGUGCUGCAGCUGCUGCGGGAGCUGCUCGCCUUCGUGCUCCUCAGCUACACUGUGCUCAUCGGGGCGCUGCUGCUGGCCGGCUGGACCACUUACUUCCUGGUGCUGAAGUGACAGCGCCGCCGCCGCGCCCGCCCCGCCUCCCUCCCGGCCCCGCCUCCCUCCCGGCCCCGCCUCCCUCCCGGCCCCGCCUCCCUCCCGGCCCCGCCUCCCUCCCGGCCCCGCCUCCCUCCCGGC